GAACUCUGCGCUCCGGCAGUAGCGAGCCAGCCUCUGGUCGGUGUGUUCGGUCAGUCCAGUUCGGGCGAAGGGUGCUCCAGGUGGCGAAGCCGCGCGCGCCUACCCUUUGCGAACUCGAAGAGCGGACAGAGGAGGACCGUCGGCCGGCGGUCGCGACCUGAGACGAGACGCGAGGCCAGCCAGCAAGCUGUCGGCGCGCACGAGCACAACGGCGGGGGGCGGCGCCGCCUCCAGCGUGGCCGUCUCGGGGGCGGGGUCGGCGCACCGCCGCCACCGCUCGCGGUCCGCCGCCCCCGACAAGCCGCGCAAGAAGAAGCACAACACCUCCGCUGCCACAAACUCGCUCGUCUCCAUACCCAACACCAUCAAGCUCUCCAUGCUCAACAGCGGGCUCAUGUCUCUAGAAGAGAAUGGCGUCAUGUCGACCAUACCGGACAGGCCUGUGGAGUUGUCACACUUCACCAAACUGUGCGAACAGCGGCGCAAGUUCCCGGUGCUGUACAAAGUCGAGUUCCAGACCGCCUGCAAAGUGGAAACGCAUUCUUGCCGGCACGCCAUGAAACCCGCCAACAAGGAGAAGAAUCAGAACCAGAAGUGCAUUCCAUAUGACUACAACCGAGUGGUCCUAGAUCAACUGGAUGAUGUUCCAGAUUCGGAUUACAUAAAUGCCUCAUACAUAGAUAGCUUGCUCAAACCAAAUGCAUACAUAGUGUGUCAAGGUCCAACAGAGGUGACAGUGACUGACUUCUGGCGGAUGGUGUGGCAGGAAAAUGCCUGCUGCAUAGUUAUGCUCACAAAAACAUUUGACUUCAUUCGAGUAAUGUGCAUGCAGUACUGGCCUGCUGCAAAAGAUAAACCAGAAGUGUACGGACAAAUAUCCGUGUCUGUUGUGAAGGAAGAGGAGUUGGCCAAUUUCCACAUCAGGACUUUCAAGCUUGUCAGAAAAGCGGAAGGAAUGGAAGAUGAGGAACGCCAGCUUCUCCAGUUUCAUUACACGGAAUGGCACAGUCAUACAUGUCCUUUUUCCAAUGCCAUUCUGGAAUUCCGACGGAGAGUUCGUGCUGUAGUAGGACCACAUCAACAGAUGAAGAAUGGUCCUAUUGUUGUACAUUGCAAUGAUGGAGGAGGACGGUCUGGUGUUUAUCUGGCAGUAGAUUCAAACAUGGAACUUGCUGAAGAAGAAGACUGUUUUGAUGUGUUUGGCUACUUUAAGAAACUCAGGCAAUCCAGGAAAGGUCUCAUAGAAACUUUGGACCAGUAUAAAUUUGUUUAUGAUACGUUGGAAGAAUAUAUUGUUUGUGGAAAUUCGUGGUUUCCAGUAAAAGAACUAUCACAGCGGCUCAAACAAAAAUCAAUGAAAAAUCCUAUCACCAAAAUGAAUGAAUAUCAGAGAGAGUAUCAGUUGAUCUGCAAGCAGACACCCCGUUUCACAAUAGGUGAUUGUGCAGGUGGGCACAGAGGUGACAACAGAGAAAAAAAUCGGGAUGUUCUUAUUGUGCCACCUGAUAACUCAAGGCCUUACCUGACAUCAUUUCAAGGAAACAACUUCACAGAUUACAUUAAUGCUGUGUUUGUUGAUGGCUACACAAAACCGAGAGAGUAUAUAGUGACAGAAUGGCCUCUGAAACAUACACUUGGAGAGUUCUGGUCACUGGUAUAUGAUUAUGAAUGUUCAGCAGUGGUUGUGCUGUGCGUUCCUCCCCAUAAUUCGCAAACGUUUCCAUCUUUUUGGCCAGAAGGGAGGCAUUCCAAAAAAUAUGGACCUGUUUUUACAAUUGACCAUAUUUCACACAAUCACUACACAAACAUCAAGACAUGGGUAUUCCGCAUUAAUAAGAAGAUUGUUUCACUGACUGAGCUGAUGGCAGGUGUGAAGGCUCCUCCAAAGACAGUCCAGCUUUUUCAGCUGACCUGUUGGCCAAUGGGCCAUAAAGUUCCAACAUCAACCAACUCAUUGGUUGAACUCAUGAACAUGGUGGAGCGGUGGAGGCAGAGGACAGACUAUGGGCCUGUUGUUGUUGUUUCUCAGGAUGGACGAAGCAGAUGUGGUGUUUAUUGUGCAGCAAAUGCUUGUAUAGAACAGGUUAUACAGCAUGGAGAAGUAGACAUUUUCCAGGCUGUCAAGACUGUUCGUAGGCAUCGUCCUCAAUUAGUAGAAAAUAUGACGGAGUACAAGUACUGUUAUGACCUGGUGCUACAUUAUGUUCUACACUAUCUAAACAAGGACAUGAAGGAGAAAAAGUGAGAAUGUGAGCAGGAGAAGCUCUGGUUCGUGGAAUUCGGGCGUGGCUCUGCACUGCCACCAUCAUCGCCUGACAACUCACCGACAUGGGGCGGAGGUGGUGCAGGAAGUGAGACAGAUGGUGGUGUGAGCAAGGAUCGCUGGUCGUGUUGUUCGUGUCGACAGGUGGUGUCACCGUGCUGUGCCGAGACAAAUGGAGCACGUGCCCGAGACCGCACCCCACAGCACAAAUCGGCGGCUUCAACACCGUUGACUCCACAGCCGCCACAACUGCCACUGCUUCCCCCACAACCUCCGCCUGCUCAAAGUGCCUCAGGUCCUGUGCCUUUCCCAGUGGCAUGGCCUCGCUACUCUGGUAGUGUUGUGGCGGGUACGUGUAAUCUCGCCGGUUACGAUCUGUUCUCACCCUGGGAUGACCAUCCACCGCCUAAUGCCACUGUAUCGGUACCAGUCCCCAACCCAGCUCCUCCCCAUGUUCCUAUCCCUACCCUUGCUCCUGCCAAACCAGCACCAGCAGCAGUGAAGCCGCCACAACCACCUCCGUUGCCGACUCCACCACUGCCGGAUAAAAAAAAAGAUCUUCCGAGUUACUUUUUCUAUGGCCCACAGCGCAACAAGCCACGUGGUUACCGGGUUAAUGGUGGUUCAGGUGUCUCCUCUGCUGGUGGUGUAAUAAGAUAUGCCAGACGCAGUCUAGCUUCUGUCACCGAGCCAGCUGCACAGGCGUUCUCAGCACCCGCAGCUCCUGCAAGUGGCCCUCGCUGGCGUGCAGAUGCUGCUGUAGUGGGUUAUGGUGGUAGUGCUGGACGUGUCAGUGAGGCAGUGGCUAUCCCACCACCCUUGCGUGGCAGGGGUCGUUACUGGAAACGGGGUCAUAACCGUGCAGCAGCAGGCCGUGCAGGCAUCUUCUGUAAGGCUGGCAUAUGUGUUGCCAGUGUCAGUCUACCUGACUACCGAGAGAGGGUGCCGUGCACGUACGAUGCUUGUCGUGCUGCUGCUGCUUGCACUGGUAACGUCAGCUCACGUGAUCUACAGGCAGGUGUCACCCCAAAUGGCACACGUAUACGUGUUCAGGUGGAGAUCAAUGCCCGGCCUGAGGAUUACCACCGUGAGGUCUUGGCUGCACCCACUGAGGCAUUUCCAGUCAGUGAUGCCAUGGCUGCAGCUGAAGACCGGGCAGUUCGCAGAAGACGCAGCCCAGGCUUCUCCCGCCGCGAAGGCAGCAGUUGUGCUACAGAUGCCCUUCCUGCUAUCCAUAAAUUGGCAGUCAGUGGUGGUGGGAAGGAAGGCGGUUCCAAAGAGCUCAGUAGCAGUUCAGGUGUGACAGGGAAGACUCCCAGCAAAAGAGGUCGUAGUUUUUCUGCUCCUGGUGGUGGCAGCAAGCCAUCUACUGGUGGUGAAGAGGAAACUGCAAUCUCCACUGCUGCAGGAAGCAGCAGUAUUGGCGAAUCUGUUGUUGCAGCUGCAGCUGCUGCAAAAGACCUGCCAUACAUUGAUAGUGUCUCCAGUGAGAAUGAUGUUGUGUUUGCCGGUGAAGUAAGUGAGCGCACACUGGCUGGAGAUUCGGACAGCAUGCCUGAGGAUGACAUGGGUGAUGAAGAGGGUGAAGAAGAAGAAGAUGAGGAGGAGCAAGAAGAAGAGGAGGACAUAGAAGAUGAAGAUGUAACUGCUGGCAGUAGAUACUCAGUGUGUGCAGAAGACAAUCAGGAGUGGCCUUUUGAUACAGUGGCAGCAGCACAGCGAACACACAGUGAGCACUAUCUGGAUGGUGCAGUGGAGCACUUCCCUGGCACUUACAAAAGUGCGGAAUGUGUCCGGUACAUUUAUACCGAUGGUAGUGGUAGCCUUGUUGCCCCUUCCCUGUUCCCUGAUGAGCCAUCUAGCUCAGUCAGUGAUGAGAGUGAGUGUACACAAUGUUACAGUGACCAUCCUAUCCGUGAGUUCACGAGAGAAGCACGUCCUGUUACUAAAGCACGUUCUGAAGGUGGCAUUGUCAUGGCUGCUGGAUCACUGCCUCUGGCUGGUUACUGUGCAGAAUGUGAUGAGCUAGUAGUACUGCCUGCUCCACUCACACCAAGGGUGCAUCGUGGCGAUAUUGGAAGCAGCAAAGGCCUACUGCUGACUGAUGAUGAUGUUGAUGAUUUUGAGCUGGAUGAUGAUGAGGAGGAGGAAGAGGGCACUGAAAAAGAAAAAAAUGGUAAUGUUAAGGGUGAGGUCAGAAGUAAUGAUGGCAGUGAUGUCACCAGGACUGCUCCUGAGAAAACAAUAAAUGAUGCUGAUAUCAAAAUUCAAAAUGCAUCUGUUGCCACUCCAAAACCUGUUCCAUCUGACAUGAGUGGAGCAAACAAAGCAGAAUGGGUACGAUGCCUUGAAGAUCGUGAUAAGGUUUCUGAUAGUAGACGGGGUGACUUGGAAAUGAAAGUUGUAGGUGAUGCCAUUGUCAUUUCAGCUGCAAGACUGACUGGUGGCCGCCAGAACUCUAACGAAUCAGGAGCCUCUGUUGCUGACAGGACAGCUUCAACUUCAGUAAGUGGAAGUCAGGAAGGAACACCAUCUUAUAAAGCACCAAAAAUAAGUGGGACUGGAAUUGCAAGAACUACUUCACCAAGAACACAGAGUGGAGAUGGUGUUCAGAAUGGUGAGUCUCUUAUUGUUGCAGGAAGAGCUUCUAGACCACGAACUCUUGAAGGACUCCAGUGCUAUACUAGUAACAGUGGACCUAGAGGAGUCUCAGGUAUGGUUGGAACAAGGACUACUUCAGAAGUUGCUCACAAUUGCGAGUUGCCUUGCAGUGACACUAUUGCUCGCAAUAGUGAUCUGCGUUACAGGGAACAAAUGAAUUGCUUUCCAUUCUGACAGUGGAUUUUUCUUUUUUCUCGUGUUUCCUCUUGUGUGGUGUGCCUGGACGGAAUUGCUCUGCCUGACCUUCAGACAUUUGAAGCGACAGUCUGACUGUAUGCAUGGAGACAUUUUCUGAAUGAAUAGCGUACUAAGUCUGUUACUUCAACAAAUCACGAGAUUCCUUUUGCAGAUAUUGUAUUAAAUGUGAAAGUAUGAUAUUUGUGUCACAGAGAUCAUAUAAAGAUUGAUGGUUGUGACUUUGGAUUCGCUGUCUUCAUAUUGACAGAACAUUUCAUUACAGGUUUCUGUGCACAAACGAUUUUUAAAGUGCAUUUUGAGCAUGAAUUUUGUGGAUGGUGAAAUAUAUAUUCGUG